AUGUCCUCAUUAUAUGAAAACUUGCGACAACUGAUUACUGUUGUUGACGAGCUGAGAGAUGUCGGGCUGCAGCGCUACAUUAGUUUGCCCCGCAUUGCGGCGAUUGGCACGCAGAGCAGUGGCAAAAGCUCAUUGAUUGAAUCAAUUGUUGGGCUCGACUUUCUGCCUCGGGGUGGGGGCGUGGUUACCAGGCGACCUUUGGAACUACGUUUGGUUCAUCUGAACACGCAGGAAUUCGAUGAAGGUCAGGCGUGGGCCGUAUUCGAAAAGACAGGCGACAAAAAGUUCACAAAUUUCGAUGAUGUUCGGAAGGAGAUUGAACGACAGACGGAUGCCGUGGCUGGCACGAACAAGGGCAUUGUGAAUGAUCCCAUCGUGCUUACCGUGUAUGCCACUGGUGCCCCCGACCUGACCCUUAUCGACCUGCCUGGUGUGACAAGGGUUCCCUUGCGAGGGAGUGACCAGGUGGAUGACAUCGAAAGAGUCACCCGAGAAAUGACAUUGCAUUACAUCAAGGAUCCGCGGACAAUCAUUUUGUGCGUGAUCCCUGCCAACCAGGACAUGUCGGUCUCGGAUGCUCUGCAACUUGCACGACAAGUUGAUCCUCAGGGCAUGAGGUCUAUUGGUGUCAUCACCAAAAUAGACAUCAUGGACCAGGGGACCGAUGCAGUAAAGAUGUUGCGUGGCGAAGAGAUUCCACUCCGCCUGGGCUAUGUCGGCGUCAAGAUGAGGAACCAGCAGGACAUCACCAGCAACAAGCCGGUGAAAGUCUCCUUGAAGGAAGAGAGGGAAUGGUUCGAAAACCACCGCCUCUACAGCAAACUUCCACCAGGUCUAGUGGGGACCAAUACCCUCAUCGACAAGCUGACACAGAUCCUUUUCAAACACAUUCGGCGUUUCCUACCAGAGAUCAAGAAAGAGAUCAACGAGAAACGAAGGACGGUGCAAGAUCGCCUGGAAGAGUUGGGUCAGGGCAUCCCUCUGGAAGAUCAUGGACGAGUUCAGCUAAUGUGGACCAUGAUCACUGAUUACUGUGAGAUGUUCAAGAACACAAUCCGGGGCAAGUACGAUCGGAAGCUUCAGCGCUAUACGGUGAACUUGCAGGGAGGCGACAGCAGUUCCAUGUCAGGUGGAGCCCAUGUGCGUCAGGUCAUGAAUGACUUUCUAGCUGACUACCUGGAUGUGCCCAUGACCGCAGAAAUGACGGAUGAUGAUAUUGACCGUGCCAUUCGCAUGCAUGAGGGUGAUUCGCUUCCAGGUUUUCCUUCGCCGGAUACAUUCGAGUACCUCGCUUUGCCCCAUCUGCAAAAGAUUUCGAUUCCUGCCGUUGAGUGUGUGCAUAAUGUUGCUUCAGCUCUGGAUGUGCUGUCUCAGCGCAUGGCUCAAUCUGUCUUCAGACGUUUCCCUAAGCUCGCUGAGGUCUGUCUGGAGAUGACGGCAAACAUUAUUCAGGAGCAAAAAGAUAAGACGCGGAUCGUAGUGGAGCAGCAGGUUGCGUGCAGCAUUGGCUACCUCUUCACAAACGAUCCGUCUUAUUUGACAGAGCACGGUUCCAUGGAACCAAUGUACGAAGACAAGCGGCAGCCAGCACCGCCGGAGGAGGAGAAGAAGGACUGGAAAGUCUGGUAG